AUGCGGUCCUCCUGGCCGUCAGCAUGGGGCGCGGCGAGGUUUUCCGAUUGUGUUUUGGCACGGUCUUACACGUCGCAAAAUCCGAAACGCAGGGUCCAACUUGGAGCUUCUUCUGAUCUUCUGAUCUUCCAACGAGUCUUUCCGAAGUUGCCUCACCACGACUCGCAACACCACACAACACACGCGCUCGUCGUCGGCUCCAUGAGCCACAACACCGGCGGACAACAUGUUCCCACCGUGAAUCGAUCGCUGGACAAACCCGUCUACGGCAACUUUCAUCGCUACUACCACAUCCGCAAUCCCGCUGGUCUAGACUCCUCUGCCAGCACCACCGACGUCCAUCCUGCGCUGGCACUCGACAGCCGUGUGGCCGCCAUCCUCAGUUAUCUCUCCACACUGCCGGAAGGCUUGCAUUCUGUCACGACCGCACUGGAUAUAGGAUGCAACGUAGGCAAGCUCACCAUCCAACUGGCGCAGACUUUGGCAGGGCAACCAGAAUCGGGAGAGCUGCGACCGAUCUGCGUCACGGGCGUGGACAUCGAUCCGAGCCUGAUCAGCCAAGCGAGAGAAGCAGCGGCAAGAGCUCGGUCACUUUAUCGACCCAACGAACAGCUCGAAACCCAACAGGCAGAAACGGCAAGCCACCCGGCCAGCGUUGCCGCACAACCACACCUGCCAGUCGACGCUGCAUUCUUUCCCUCGGUCUUUCCGCUCCUGUUCGGCGCAGUCCCAGCUCCUCGCAGAAUCAAUGAUAGAGACAAAGCAGACGCCGAGACGAAGAAAGACAGCGUGCACUGUGCCCAUCUCUGCGCGCCCCAGCUUGACUUUGUCGCGGCCGAGUGGGUGAAUCUGCACACGAGCGACGCACCAAGCCCGUUCCACUACGACCCACACGACUUGUCACGCCUGCAAGCCGCGGACUCGGCAGGGUACGACGUAGUGCUAGCACUAUCGUUGACCAAGUGGGUGCACAUCCAACAAGGCGAUCCUGGGCUUGUCAAGCUGUUCGCACGCAUCUUCAGCGUCCUGCGGCCUGGCGGACACCUGUUUCUGGAACGGCAAGAGUGGCGGAGCUACCACUCUGCGCACGGCCUCGACCCGACCAUGCGAUCCAAGAUCAAGACGCUUCAGCUGCGACCCGACGGCGAUUUCGAGUGGCUGCUCGACUCGCUCGGGCUCACGCUGGUCGAGACCAUCGGCUACGGCACGGGACUCGGCUUCUCUCGUCCGCUGCAGGUGUUCGCAAAGCGCAAAGAGACCGCCUCGUCGCUCGCAACUACCCCUCAAGCUCUGCCCAGCAUCGGCCUGCUCUCCAUCAUGACUUGUCCAUUCGCAAAGUUCGCGGGGAUUUUGCCUGCGUCUGCCGCACACGUGCAUGCUCUACACGGCCUUGAUGCUGCGCCCAUCUCCGACACCAACGCACGAGGGCUGUCGCUAUCCGACGCGCUUCGUCUGGGAACAGCACGCAGCCAUCGAGCGGUGGAAAAGUCGCGCGGCGUAUCGCUGCUACUCCAAACCACCGCCACCGCUGCAGACGCAGCAGACGAAGGGCUCAGCUUCGACAGAACCGACUACACCCGCUUCAACAUCAUGCUCGCCUGCAUCUACACGGUUUUGGAGUCGGCCAUGAUUUCUGCACAAUCGACACCGUUGAUUGCGCCGCUGUUUGAGGAUCCGGGUUUGAUGGCCGGGUUGGCGCGCAGUGCGGCAUUGCUGGCGGAUGUACACGCGCAUCUUGACACGAUCCACGCACACACUGGUGCGGACCUGACGGAUCUAGCCGACCAUGCCCGCGACGACCACUCCACCUCAUCAACACUACCGGAAGAUACAGAAGAUCCUCUUGCUCGAGCACGGCUGCUGGUGCUCGUUCAAGCCGCCACACCACAUGCGCUCUCCCUCACCCGCGACCUCAAAGUGCCAGUGCUUGGCGAGGAGCACAUUGCACUGCUUCGUCCCGCACAGGUGCACGCCACACUGGCAUACGUUGAGCGACUCACCCACAUCCGUCCGGAUCUGCUUCUCGCGCAUGCAUACACCCGCUAUCUAGGCGACCUUUCUGGAGGCCAGCACAUCGUACGCAAAGUCACCAAACGCUUCCCCACCCCCACCGGCGGCUUUGCAUUCUACGCUUUCCACAACCCCACCCACCUCAAGACCCGCUUCCGCACCGCAAUGCACGCCCAACACCUAACAAAGGCACAGAUGCAAGAGGUGGUGGAUGAAGCAAAUACGGCGUUCGACUGCAAUACCGCCCUCUUCGAAAGCUUGCUACCCGCCCAUUGGCGACAACCCAGCCAAGAUACCCACAAGAGCACAGCGGUGCACACUGGCACAAAGCCCACACAACUUCCAAUCGCUGCUUGGAUCGUCGUAGCCGCUGCUACCGCCACAAUCACCGCGGCCUGGCUUGCUCACUCCCCAUCCACCGCCAUCCUCGCAUAG